AUUGUUGUAUUUUAAGACCUUGGCUGUUUAGGUACCGAGAUCCCCCUGUCCUGGGCACUUGGAGCUGUAUCUGGGGCUUUGGGGUAGCAUGGGAGAGGCUGGGUCUUGUUUUGCUUUUUUUACAUUAUACUGCAGUGGUGAAUAUUAACAUUGUAUUGCAGUUUUAUCAGAUGCUCUCAUGAGACUUUUAUCAGCAUUAUAUGAAUUUGGAUUGUGGCUGGUACAAUUGGAUGCAUUCAGAAUGACAUUUCAUGCUUGUUUUCAGAAUUUAACUUACUUCUCUUUGCUGUUGAUCAGGAGUUCCUCCUGAACUCCUCUGGUAAAUAAUCAUGGUCAAGGUCAGUGAUACAACACAUUCUGAUAAAGGCACAUAAAGGCACAUGAACAGGCUUUCCAAGAAUAUGUGCUUAGAGUUGGGCCUUCAAAACCAAGUCAUGCAGACAUUGUCUUUUUUAAAAAAUAUAUUUUAUUCUUGCCUUUUAGUACAGUUACAUCAUAUUUUCUUGUAGUAGUAGGAAACAGGAACAACGUCCAUGCAGCACAAUUGAUGAUCUUGUGUUAUUUCUUGUGACCUUAAUUCAGUAGUCUGAGGUCUGACUAGGAGAGAUUUUGGUCUGUAGUACCUAAAUAGGCCAGUCUGACUUUGAAAAGCAAAAUCACCAAGUACUGCUGCUAGAUUGCCAUUUCUGAAAGGCAAGUUUCUUCCUUGUCUGUGUUGCAUAUGGAUACAUGCAGCUAACGCUGGUAUGUUUUAAAAAAAUAAAAAAUAAAAAUAAUAAAAAAGGUCUAAACUGAUUUAUACCCCGUUGCAUUUUGACUAGAUGUAUGUGGCCUUUAUAGCAGGUGCUGCGUGUUAAAGAAUGCCUGCUGGAUAUGUAGGUAGUGUAGAGGGGGGUUUUAAACCAUUGCUUUUUUGUCUUCACUCAGAUUGGUAUUAGUAAUAGAAAUGUCUUUGUUCUGUUCCUGCUUCGUGUUGUGUGGGGUUUUGUCAGUGAGAAAAAGGCCAUUCCUGUUCUCUUUCAGGGAAGAGAGCAUUUUGGAGAUUACCAGAGCUUCAGCCUGUUGUUUUUUCUUUUGUCUGCUGAUAAUUUUGACCCUGUUUGGCUGCACCUUCUAUCUCUGGACUGGUCUAAUGCAAGGAAGCUGCCCAGAUGCCACCUUUCACAGGCCAAGAAUAUUUACAAGGCAAUGAGAUAUCAGCAUGAAUAACAUCACAAGGCUACCGGAGGAUGCAUUCAAGAACUUUCCCUACUUGGAAGAGCUGCGACUGGCUGGCAAUGACCUUUCUUUUAUCCAUCCAAAGGCGUUGUCUGGGUUGAAAGAACUCAAAGUUCUAACCCUACAGAACAAUCAGCUGAAGACUGUACCUAAUGAGGCCAUCAGAGGGUUGAGCGGUUUACAGUCCUUGCGUUUAGAUGCCAACCAUAUUACUGCCAUACCAGAAGACAGUUUUGAGGGUCUGGUGCAGUUGCGUCACCUUUGGCUGGAUGACAACAGUCUGACAGAAGUUCCCAUCUACCCACUCAGCAAUCUGCCCUCUCUGCAGGCAUUGACGCUGGCUCUCAACAAAAUAACACACAUUCCUGACUAUGCAUUUACAAACCUUUCAAGUCUUGUUGUUCUUCAUCUUCAUAAUAAUAAAAUAAAAACUAUAGGAAAACACUGCUUUGAUGGAUUAGACAACCUUGAAACCUUGGAUUUAAAUUAUAAUAACAUGGUAGAGUUUCCUGAAGCCAUAAAAGCACUGCCAAGUCUAAAGGAGUUGGGAUUUCACAGUAACUACAUUUCCAUAAUUCCUGAUGGUGCAUUUGCAGGAAACCCCCUUCUAAGAACAAUACAUUUGUAUGAUAAUCCUUUGUCUUUUGUGGGGAACUCAGCAUUUCAGAAUCUCUCAGAUCUGCAUUCCCUGGUCAUUCGGGGUGCCAGCAUGGUGCAGUGGUUUCCUAAUUUGACAGGAACUGUUAACCUGGAGAGCUUAACUCUAACAGGGACCAAGAUAAACAGUAUUCCUGUUAAUUUAUGCGAAGAGCAAAAGGUGCUACGAACUUUGGACUUGUCUUAUAAUAAUAUAAAGGACCUGCCAAGUUUUAAAGGCUGCCAUUCCUUGGAAGAAAUUUCUUUACAGCACAAUCAAAUCCAUGAAAUCACAGAGGAUACCUUUCAAGGACUGUCCUCCCUUCGUGUCCUUGACCUCAGUAGAAAUCGGAUCCGACAGAUCCACAAGGAAGCUUUCAUCACUGUUGGAGCUAUUGUUAACCUAGACCUGAGUUUCAAUGAACUCUCUUCAGUUCCAACUGAAGGAUUGAGUGGACUGAACCAGCUUAAACUUGCAGGCAAUUCAGAGUUGAAAGAAGCUUUGGCAGCAAAGAGCUUUGCAAAGCUCCGGUCACUCUCUGUACCAUAUGCUUACCAGUGCUGUGCAUUUUGGGGUUGUGGUUCUUACUUAAACUCUAAUGCUGAAGAUUCGGGUCACCAAGAUCAAGGUGCCUUGCUGGAUCGUGAGAAGGCUGAUGCAGAUGUUCUAAGAAAUGAGGAAAAUGAGGAACUGGGACAGACUAUUAUUCACUGUACACCAGCAACAGGUGCUUUUAAGCCUUGUGAAUAUUUAUUGGGCAGCUGGAUGAUUCGACUUACUGUUUGGUUCAUUUUUUUGGUUGCUUUAUUCUUCAACCUGCUUGUCAUGUUAACAAUAUUUGCAUCCUGUACUCCAUUGCCAUCUUCUAAACUGUUUAUAGGUCUGAUUUCUGUCUCUAACUUAUUUAUGGGAGUCUAUACUGGUAUUUUAACUUUCUUGGAUGCUGUCUCUUGGGGAAGAUUUGCUGAAUUUGGCAUAUGGUGGGAGACUGGCAGUGGUUGCAGAGCGGCUGGGUUUCUUGCCGUCUUUUCGUCAGAAAGUGCCAUUUUUUUCCUGAUGUUGGCAGCUGUUGAACGGAGCUUCUCUGCGAAGGAGAUCAUUAAAAAGGGGAAAAGCAAUCGCCAAAAACAAUUUCAGGUUGCAGCGGUUUUUGCUUUCCUGUGUGCCAUGGUAGCAGGAUGCUUACCACUAUUUUACAAAGCAGAGUACUCAGCAUCACCCCUUUGUUUGCCCUUCCCCACUGGAGAAACACCUUCGUUAGGUUUCACCGUAACUUUAGUGCUCCUGAAUUCAUUAGCAUUUUUGCUAAUGGCUGUUAUCUACACUAAACUGUAUUGCAACUUGGAGAAAGAGGACCUCUCUGAAAACUCGCAGUCCAGCAUGAUUAAGCAUGUCGCUUGGCUAAUCUUCACGAACUGCAUCUUUUUCUGUCCUGUUGCAUUCUUCUCAUUUGCACCGUUGAUCACUGCGAUUUCUAUCAGCCCUGAAAUUAUGAAGUCUGUUACUUUGAUAUUUUUCCCACUGCCUGCUUGCCUUAAUCCAGUCCUGUACGUGUUCUUCAACCCGAAGUUCAAGGAAGACUGGAAGUUGCUCAGGCGCCACAUGACCAGGAAGAAUGGAGCAGUGGCAAUAGCCGUCAACACUCAAGGGGGCUGUGUGACGCAGGAUUUUUACUAUGACUGUGGUGUCUACACGCACUUGCAGGGUAACAUCGCUGUGUGUGAAUGCUGCGAAUCACUCCUGUUAUCCAAGACUGUGCCCUGUAAACACUUGAUCAAAUCACACAGCUGCCCCGCACUGGCAGUGGUGCCUUGCCAAAGGGCGGAUGGCUACUGGUCAGACUGUGGAACCCAGUCAGCCCACUCUGACUAUGCGGAUGAGGACGACUCCUUCGUGUCGGACAGCUCAGACCAAGUGCAGGCCUGUGGCCGUGCAUGCUUCUACCAAAGCCGAGGGUUCCCUUUGGUUCGUUAUGCCUACAACAUACCAAGAAUUAAAGACUGAAAAGGCCUUUUGCCAUCAGCUGUUCUAAUAAAGAGGUAUAAUCCUUCAUAGACUGUUGCCUGUUUUGACCUUUCCGAGCAGGAAACACUUUUGUAAUCAUUGUUUAGUGUCACUUGUAAAGAAGGGAAGUGGGCAGUAAUUUCUUGAGCCAUACGUUAAAAAAUAAUGAAACAAAUUAAUCGAUUGCCCUGACUGUAAAUAAUUGGUAAACCAAAUUUGUUACCCAAUAUUUUUACUCUUUUUCCACACAAUAGUGGUUUCUUUUAUACAUUUUUUUACAUGCUAAUGAUAUGUUUCCACAUUGUACUCCAGUUGUACUUUGCUUCUGCUAUUGGUGAGGUACGUUCUGUUGAUUUCUUUUUAAUUUUUCCUGCCAAAGCACAAUUUAAAAGACAGCUGUUUAGUAGUAAAAGAAAUUAUUUUUAAAUGUGACUUUUCUAUAAUUGAGCAAAAAACCUCUCUUGCUAGCUUUGUAUAGUGUAUUCAGCAUUGAAUCUCAGGAUGAAUUUUACUGCAGGGCCAAAAAAGGGAUUAAUUCUCCCACACAUAACUGUGACAGCAAUAUAGGAAUACCAUGUUUGUUUUGUAUUUCAGAAUACUCAAUUUUUAACAAAAAAGUUUUGUUACAAUCAAGCGCUUGUAAUCCACAAUACCUGUAGAUGAUGAAAUAAGAAUAUUAACAGCUGUCCGGAAUAAUAGGGUUGAACACAUUUUUCCAGUGAUGAUGCAUGACUUCAGGUGAACCACAGGAACUUGCUUUAGUAUUAGGCAGUCAGGUCACACUGUUGGAAGGAGUAUUGAUGCAUCGGGGGUGUUAGCGGUGCUGUCAUUGUACACCGCUGUCUUUGCAGAAAGACCAGCUAAUACUCUGCAGCCUGUAGAAUGUUACAGUGUUGCAAUAAUACCUAUGAAUAGACUGAGAUUUUAGCAAAUGGAGGGAAAAUGGAAAGCAUUUUUGCAGUAAAGAAAAGCAUUUUUCCAGUUAUUUUACUUAGAGUGAAGUACACUGUGCAGAGUCACUGAUUUUCAUGUAAAUCAGUGCAAUAGUUUUAAACCAUUCAAGUCCUGAGACCCAAAUGAUUUAAGUACAAUCAGCAAUCCAUUUAUCUAUAUUUAGUUUGAAAUCGAUUAAUCCAAAGUUAUGAAUGCAUGAUUAAGUAAAUAUAUGUAUGUUUCUUGAACAAUACACUAAAUUUAAGUGCAAAUCCACUGCCAUCCCAGUUAUUCUGGAGACAUCCUCAUUAAGAUUUAAAGCUAGAUUGCUGUUUUGAGAAUUAAACUGUAUAUACUGUUCAUACAAUGAAUUUUUAUCUUUGUAUUGUAAAUUAUUUGAUAGAACACAUGAUGGGAAAUGUGGCUUCAGUUCAUUUUGUUAAUUAAAGCUACCUCCUAAACAAUAGUGGCUGCCAGUAGCAGAAUGUUUAAAAUGUGGUUUAUAUACUUUUUGCAUUGUAAAUAGAUAUGGUUGUAUAUUGUCACUGUAAUAAAAACAGAAUCCUUGUAUAUCAAAAUCAUGUAGUUUGUAUAAAGUAUGGGAGGAUUAUUUACUGUAUUCUGUUAAUUUUGUAAGCCAAAAUAUUCACAUGUAAAGCAAAAGUGAAGAAAACCGACCCCGAGUUGUUAAUUCUUAUAUUUACACUCAUGAAUAUUACAUCUGCAAUUAGCAUGGAAUGUUACACUGAAGCAAAUAAAGGGUAUAUGAAUAUUGA